AUGGACGAUCACGAACAAGAUGACAGCAGCAGGCAAGUGCUUGCUCUGAUCCAUCAACUAUCGGAUGCCAGAGCAAAGAAGGUGUUGAUCGCUUUCUGUCAAGACCUCGUCAACUUUGAGAAGACUACUCCAUCUCAUUCAUCAUCACAGUCAUCAACAACAUCUCAGACAUCAACAACACAACAACAGACAACACCAACUAUAACACAACUUUUAGAUCUUUGUUAUAGUCAUUCCAAGAGAUCACUUACAUCAUCACAACCAAGUCUACUUUGGAAGAUAUUGGAGUACUCCAUUGUGGAGUUGGAUCAUCUGGAACAGCAGUUGGAUGAAUACAAGACGAACAAACAACUACAGGACGACCAAAAGUUGAUCACACUGGCAACAUCAAGGCUGGACGAGAUAUCAUCUCUAAUCAACUAUCUAAACAAUCAACAACAACAAGGCAAUACAAGUAAUAGCAACGAAUAUAACGAACUAAUGGCGACAGUUGGAGCACAUAUGAAGAGACUAUCAUUGCGAAUAAGAGAUGUAGUCGGUAACAAUCAAUAUAGUGAGGUAGUCAAGUAUGGAUGGAUAGAGAAGCGUUGUGGAAACAAUCAGUCCUUCCGCACUUGGAAGAAGAUGUGGUUCAUACUCAAGUCCUCAGCAGAACUACAAUAUUAUAUCAAGGAUAAGGGAUUGUCAAAGAAGAUGCUUAUAAGUACAUGUUCUUCCAAUUCAUUGGUAUCACCGGUAAAGAUAAAUAUGGAAGGUGAGCUUGGAAAGAAGAAGGAGGGCAAGGGAUGGAAGGUCAGAUGGAUGAAGUUGCUGGACACGACACUGGAGUACUACCGCACGCAGAAGGAGAAGGAGCCAUUGGGCAUCAUCAAUUUGAAUGAAUGCCAGUGGUGUGAUGUCUACAAGGACAUGUCCAACAAGUUUGUCAUCAAUCUCAGCACGGGCAAGUUCUACUUCCAGGCCGUGUCCAAGGAAGACCUGCACAAGUGGGUGUCAGCAAUCAAGUCGCGCAUCCCCGCCAAGCAAACCAAUCACAAGAUGGACCUGGCCCAAUUCUCACUCAAGGGCAUCAUCUACCUGUCCAACAUUGUAUCGAUACAAGAGUGUUCCAAGUUCACUACGCAGCCCAAUUGUGUGUUGAUCGCUACGGACAAGAAGCACUUCUAUUUGUCAUUCGAUACUGGACGAGAGAAGUGUGAUUGGUUAUUGAGCAUCAAUGAACAAUUGGCCAAACGCCCAUCUCAGCUGACAUCCAGCAAGAGUCUAGGUCUUAUGUCAGUCGUGGUCAAGAGCAAUGCAAACUCUGGAAGUAGCAGCAACGGCAAUGGCAACACCAAUGGCAACGGCAAUGGCAAUGGCAAUGGAAACAUGAGUGGAAGUGGAACCAUUCGCAAGUGGGAGGUUGGCCAGAUACUCCCAUCACAGAAGAUGUUGGGAGAGGACAUUCGCAAUAGCACGAGUGAGGACGACCAGGAGUUUGGCUCACAGAUCUUGAAGAAGAGGAUAGCUUGCUCACGGACAUCAUCGGCAGCAACCCUACCAGUGUCGGCACCCGGACGCAAGUCCUCACAUCCAUCGGCCAUGAACAUUGCGCAUCAGCUACAGCAACAGCAUCAGCAGUUCCAGUCGAUGCCCGUGAUGAUCAAUGGCGCACAGGAAGACAGUGACGACGCUGAUGAGAGCGGUGCCGAGGAGGAUGAGAUUCCGCACUACCUGCGUAGUGAGAUCAUGAAGCGCUCGGCACACAACCUGCUCAAGUCGUUCAAGGUCGAGGUGUUCCUGCCGUCACUUCCAGAGAACCAGGAGACCUACACAUUCCUGUUCUCGGACCAUGUCCUGGUCGACCAGGUCAAGAGCUACAUCUUCAAGAAGAUCGCCGCGCUCCAAUCACUACCACUCGUCGAAUAUAGACUGGGAGUGGACGAGGACAACAUCCUGGAGAUUGAGUUCCUCAAGUUCAUCUACAGUAACACCAUCAUCGAGCUAUCUCUCAACACCUGUGGCAUCGUCAAGAUUGGAGUCUAUCACAACAGGAAGGAUAGAAGAAUCAAAGAGAAGUUGUACCCGGACAAGUUCAAUGCGAUAUUGAUCGAGACAAAGAUACAAUCAACGAGAAACUCUGUGGACAUGAGUCAGAGAGGCGAUCUGUCAAUGGACUCGACGCCAUCAUCAAGGAGAAUGGAUGGCGCAAUGCUCAUCACUCCAAACUCUAUCAGCACCAAGUCGCCAAUCAACGAGAUGGACGACCAGUCUGCCACCUCCGAAUCUCUGCCACACUCUCAAUCGGCAUCCACACUCGCUCAUCUGAGGAGGGUGUCAACAGUGCCCUCGCCAACAUUCGCCAAGAAGCCCAUACUUCAGCAGUGUGCCGGAUGGUCCAUCCAGCCGCUGUCCUCAAGCGCCGAGCCAAACAACGUGCUCAAGCUGGACAAGCAACAGAGUUCAUUCUAUCGCAAGUGCUUUGCCGAUGGCGAGAGCGUGCAUAGCUUUCUGGGCGAGGAUGCCAAGGUGGGACCGAUCGCCUUCUCCCUCGUUAAGAACGCCAUGCGUGACAGGCACAGCGGCAUACUGCACACCAAGUUUGGCGUGCGCGUCGCCUCUGUGGAUGGCAAAUCGAUCAACUUUGGCAAGCUGUCUUUAUCCAAGAAGUUAAAGAAGCGUAAGAUCAUCAGCCAUUUAGUCAACACAAUCGAUGCCAGCAUCGACGCCAAGCAUCUAUCACUGGCUACCAACCAGUCCGAGUUCCAGAAGGAGCUCCUAUCCCUGGAGGAGCGACAGACAACCUCUGGCUUCAAGUUUGGUCUAGUCCUAUGCAAGGAUGGACAGUUGAUCGAUGACGACAUAUUCUCAAAUCAGACUGGAAACAAAGAAUACGAAGAUUUCUUGGACUUGUUGGGCAACAGGAUAGAGUUGAUGGGAUGGACAAGAUACUCAGCAGGCCUGGAUGUUCGAAAUAAUACUACUGGCACUCACUCAUUAUAUACAGAGUUUAAGGGCAAUGAGGUCAUGUUCCACGUGUCCACACUGUUGCCCUACACACAAGGUGAUCCACAACAGAUUGAACGUAAACGACAAAUUGGUAACGACAUCUGUGUAAUUAUAUUCAACGAAGGAUCACAUAGCUAUGUUCCAUCAACGAUAACAUCACAGUUCAAUCACAUCGUCAUUGUAGUUCAGUAUGACCGACUUUGCAACACAUACAAGGUUGGAGUGUCCACAAAGGAUGGCGUCGAGACAUUCGGUCCUCCCAUACCUCAAUCAAUCAAGAAGGACCAUCUGCGUGACUUCCUCUUGACAAAGUUGAUCAAUGGUGAGCUGGCAUCACUACAGGCUCCAGUGUUUGCAAACAAGAUAACUCGCACAAGGGAGACACUGCUAAAGUACUUCAUCGAGCAGUAUUCAUAA